AUGCCUCGUUUCAUGCCCAACCAAGGAUUUUCCAUCUUGCCGGGCACGGCUCCCACCGGCGCCUCACCCGCAGCCAUGAACCUGGCCGUAUAUGCCAGUAUGGCCAACGCCCUGAAUAACCAGCGCCCCCCCUCGCAACUUCAGCCACAGCCCGUCGCUUCCAUCAAGCAAGAAGCCACCCCGGCUGAUCCAGCCCUGCAAUCCCCGGCUGCACCGGCCAGUGCUCGUCCCGCACAACACCCCACCCAACAACCCACCAAACGCAGUCUUGCCCAAGCCCAAACCAAGAGCGCCAACUUGGAUCACUCGCGCGACAUGGGCGCCGCGGAAACUCUGCUUGGCCUGCAGCGGCCCAAGCGCUCCCCCAACAGCCAAAACAACGACCAGGAUGAAUCAGACGAUCAGGAGGAUGUGCCUCGUGCCUCCAGCAAGCGGCCCAAAGCCAAUAGCAAAGCCAGCUCAGAUACCUCCAGUACUCCCACGCCGUCUCAGCAUCGCGCCACGUCCCUCUUGUCACAAAUGACUGCUGCAGAAGCCACCUCGGUUCCUGCGAAUCAAUCACCUGCUUCCCUCCCAACUGCCGGCCGCGCGACGUCCUCCCCGACCCUUGAUUCAAGCAACUCGCGCCCUCGCAGCAAGAUGCGACGCGCCCCCACCUCACGUGGGUUUUGCUUUGGUUGCUGGAAGAGCAAAGAACUAGAGGACCGUUAUGCCCUCAACAGCACAACCAAGUUUAGCCUGUGCAACGCUUGUCGCAAGACGCACCUGACCAAAUCCGUUAUCCCCCACUUUGAGCGACUAGCGCGCCAGCCCCCGCAAGCGGUCGACCGUAGCACUCAACUGCGUCUCCGCGAUGAUAUUCGUCGCGUGGUAUUAAACGGUGUGUGCGGUUACGUACCGACGGAAGAAAUUCGAGCGGGCUGUCAAGCCGCAGUGCGAGACCUCGAGGCCAAGGGCAUUCCGAAAACGACAGAAAUCAUGCUUCGGCCUCGCUUCAUUCGCCUGGCUGGCCACCUGCACAGCAUUGCCGUUCCCCCGGUUCCCAUUUCCCUGCUCUCUCAGGUACACGAGCUGUUGGUUCAGCAUCUCACCGAGCUCGUGGAUCGAGCCGCACAACGCGCCCUGGACAACAACAGCGAUCUUAUCGUUGCACUCGAACGGCAUAACCUAUCACCCACCGACGUGGGCAUGAAGCCCUCCGACUGCAUCUUGAUGUUGCAAAUGUGAGCCGAAAUUGGGGUGCAGACCAAACGCAUUCACAUGCGGAUUUGAUUUUGACCCUUUUUUUCUUUCCUUUUUGUUCCUUUCUCAAGUUCGAGCCCCUCCUCUCACCCCCCUCACACCCCUCCGUCAAGCGGACGCCGUGCUACCGCUGCCUAUUGCUUGUUGAAUGUCGUGUUUUGUCUUGAUUGUGGCCCGAACACGGCCUCGUGUAUCAAAAAAAGUUCCGGUGGCAAGGACCUUGUCAAUCGCAGGUCUGUGCACCGCGCGUAUCCAGCCACCAUCCCACGUUGGGAUGAACGUGUUUAAUACAAAACACGAAUGCUAAUAUUUGAAUCCAUCAAGGGAUGGGAGACUGACUGCAGGCGAGCUCAGAUUCAAGGACUCUGGGCUCGCACUGCUCUAAGGACUCUGGGCUCGCACUGCUCUUUGGCCAUCCACGUUGGGGUGACCUGAUAGAAAGUCAUGUUGGCGUGGCUUUCCACGUACAAUACAAACCCGACCAAUGACUCGACUGAAUGCAUCUUUUAAUUGAACAGGCUUUC